AUGGAUAAUAAAUGCUUCAUAGAAAAUAAAGUAGCUAUUAUUGAUAAUGGUACAGGCUACACAAAAAUGGGUUGGGGUGGAAACAUUGAACCAACUUAUGAUAUUCCCACAGUCAUUUCAGAUAAUAGCGAUAAAAAUUCAGUUUAAGUUAGUAAGAAUUACAAUGAAUAAUUAGAUUUUUGCAUCGGUAAUGAUGCCUUGAAUUAGUAAGUCAAAACUUAUCCUAUGAAGUCUGGUAUUGUAACAGACUGGACUUUAAUGGAAAAGUUCUGGUAAAAAAGCAUAUUUGAUUAUCUUCGUUGUGAUCCCGACGAAACCACAUUUGUUCUUACUGAACCUCCUAUGAAUCCUCCUGAAAAUAGAGAAAACAUAGCAGAAAUUUUCUUUGAAACAUUUAAUGCAAAAAGCAUUUAUAUUGGAGUUCAAGCCGUGCUCGCUCUCUACUCAAAUUAAAUGCACGAAUAAAAUGCCCAAACAGGAAACAAAUUGACUGGUUGCGUCUUAGAUUCUGGUGAUGGUGUUACUCACAUUAUUCCAGUCAGUGAUGGAUAUGUUAUCGGUAGUUGUAUUAAGCAUAUUCCUCUUGCUGGUAGAGACAUUACAAAUUUCAUAGCUUAAAUGAUUAGAGAUAGAGGUGAAAAAGUUAAUAACUAAGACAUUAACAGAAUCUCUGCAGAAAUUAAAGAAAAGUAUGGUUACGUAGCACCUAAAGGUUUAUUAUAAGAAUUUGAAAGAUAUGACAAGCCUGGCAAAGAUGGUAAGCCUUCCAAUAAAUUUAAGCAAUACACUUUCGAAAGUUAAGUUGAUAAAAAAUAAUAUACCAUGGAUGUUGGCUAUGAACGUUUCUUAGGUCCUGAAAUGUUCUUCUACCCUGAAUUCUUUGACUCUAAAUGGAGAACUUCUAUUGAUGAAUCUAUUGAUAAUGCAAUUUAAGGAUCCCCAAUUGAUACUAGAAGACAUCUUUAUUCAAAUAUUGUGUUAUCUGGUGGUUCUACUAUGUUUGAGGGUUUCACUGAUAGAUUAUAGUCAGCCAUUUAAAAAAGAGUAGAUGAUAGACUUUUGAGAUAUUCUACUGCUUUAAGUAAACCUUAACCAAUUGUAGUUUAAGUCGCACAAAAUCCUCACUAACGUUUUUCAGUCUGGUAAGGAGGUAGUUUGCUCUCAAUAAAACCCGGCUUUGAAAAAGUAUGUAAGAGUAGAUAAGAAUACUUAGAAUAUGGUCCUUCAAUAGUAAGACAAAACGCUGUUUUAUCUUCUGGAAUGUGA